UGUUUUCUUUUCGUAAAUGUAAUUUGUCGUGGUUUUGCUUCACAAUACUACCCAACAUACUAAAGUUUUUUAUUAGCACACUAGUAUUUUCAAAUUAGAUAUGAGUGGAAUAAAUAAUGAAGAUUUUUCGAAUCGAGAUAAAAAAUCGCUGGAUCAACUUGUAUUUCGCAUAAGCACAGAAGAUGGCUUAGAUCCAUGCCCCAUUCCAGCAUUGCACAAGCAUUGGGCGCCUCGUGUCAAUUUUACCAAUUAUAUAGGUCUAUUAACGCAAUAUGGUCGCGUUAAAAGCGAUGUCGAAUUAGAAGAAUGGCUCUAUAAUUCAACUAACUUCUGCAAGGAUAUGAACUUUUUACUAAACUGCCGGCAUCACGAGUUUUGGUCAUAUAUGGUAUUUCAAAAAACGGCACUAGCAGCUGUUGUAUCAUUUUUGCAACGCUCUACCCCAUUUUACUUGAAUGUUUGGUCACAAAUUGUUCAACAUCAAAAUGUCAUAGAAAUAUACGAACAAAUAUUAGAACUUGCGCUGCGUAUCAUAUGUCGCUUAAUUACUAAUCGUGAAUCAGAUGAAGAAUGGCUAACAAUCGAACAUCAGCGUGAAUUAAUUUAUAAAAACUUUUUAAUAUCAGUACCAAUGUUAUUCGAUUUGCUAAUGGCUGUAGGAGAUGCGGAUGCACAAAAUACCGCUGUCUUGCGACGCAUAUUUGAUUCUCUCCUACGCCUUGAACCGAACUAUAAAAAAGACCUUCUGGCCGCUGUAGCGUUUUUCCGAGCCGCAUUCCGAAGUAUACAAACACAAGCGGAAAAUGAGGGAUUUGAAGGUGCAGGUGGAGGAGAUUUAGAUGAAAAUGCUGAAACACCUUAUGAUGAUGUUGCUCUAUACACUUUGGAUUGUGCAUAUUCGCUGAGCGUGUUGUUAUCGGUUUGUCCGGAGGUACAAACUAUGUGCUUUGAAAUCAAGUUGGCACAAAGUAUUGCAGAAUUCUAUGAUAACACUAUUCCAUUUUUGUACAAAAACAUUUUCCUCAUAAACGAAGCAGCAACGAGUCUAGGAUGGCUUAAUAUUGCCCGUUUGGAAUAUUUAAAAGCAUUUCGAAGUAUCGCCUACAGCUUCAUAGAAGCGGUUAUGACACAGCCCUCGGCAAGUAUAAAAAACGCAGAACUUUUUAUAGGAUUGCUCACCGAAUGCUUGUCUGAGCAAGUUUUCGUAAAUGAUUAUGGCCGUUUAUAUCCAGUGGAACUAGAUGUGGAUAUACUUAACCAAAUCUGCAAUAAUUUGGAUGGUUUUAAGGCCUCAUUCAUUGUACAGGGAUAUAAACAAGAGUCGAAAUCAUCUGUGCCAAAAUCCAACACUAAAACGAAUAAGAAGUCACAAAAUUCUGGAAAGUCAAACAAGAAAAAGCUGCAAUCAUCAGCGAAUGACGAAAAUGUUGCUUCCAUCUCCAAUGUAACACCUGGACGGGAUAUUGAUUUAGAAGUAACGUCAGUUUUGGAUGUAUUACCUCAUUUAGGUACCGGUUAUGUGAGGCGUAUAUUAUCACGCUAUGAUAACAGUGAAGAAGCGAUGUCUGCUAUACUUGAAAAUAAUCUUCCACCUGAUCUAGUAAAUGCUGAUCAGACGGAGGUGUACAUACCGCCUGAUCCUCAAGAUAAGACUUAUCAACAGACCGGCGUUAAACACUACAACGUCUAUGAUGGCGAUGAAUAUGAUGUCAUGACACAAGAUAAUCCAAAAUGUAUUAUAAAACAGGGAAAAGGUAUGCCAAAUGCUCCCAAAAAUGCUGCUCAACUACUAGAUGACAAAAGCGAUUUGGCACAGCUAAAAUCACGUUAUCAAGCUUAUACACUAGUAAGUGAAGGUGAAAGUAGUAAUGACGAAUACAAUGAUGAAUAUGAUGAUAGCUAUGAAGCGUUGUUGGAGAGUGAGACACGUGUAGUUAAAUCGAAGCAGCUUAAAGCUGGAUUGGCGAAUGUUGAAGACGUUUCUGAUGAUGAAAGUGAAGAAGGAGAAGAUGCUGCUGAAGAUAAAUCCAAAUCAAAUGCUCAAUUCGAUCGUAAUAAACAAAUGAAUUUCUGUGAAAAUCCUGAAGAUGUUCGAGCACGCUACGAAGCGCGUCGGCAAGCUAAGUGGGGCAAUCGCAAUCACGGCGGUAAUGUGGACAACAAUAAGUCGAGAGAUGUUGUUGGCGCACCAAAGGGUCAGGGGCAAGACAAAGACACUUUACGUAAUCGUGAUAAAAAAGAGAAAAACAAAUCAAUGCGCGCAAAUCAUAAUCGUAAAUCGGGUGCUGCAUUUAAACGCAGCAAAGGAAUGAUGGGUUAACCGUUAAAGACAUGCGUG